GCCAACCAUUACAUUCCUUAAAUAUAUCUGUGCCUUGUAGAGAAUGUUGAAGCAGCCAGCAAAGCCCCUGAAGAAGCCCAUAUAAUCACUCCCCACCAGCCUAGCUUCUCUCCUCCUUAUCAUUGUUUUCUUCUUCAUCAUCAUCUUUCCCUCACUUCCUAGAGAGAGAGAGAGAGAGAGAGAGAGAGAGGAGAUUUUUUACUAUUAGGAGAAAGAGAGGAAAAGGGGAGAUCUUGGAGAUUGUUAAAGAGAUGGGAGCCUGUGCUAGCGUGGCCAAGGCAAUGAGAGGCGGUGAUGCUGGCGCGGCAGCGCCACCACCAGAGCAACCAACCGAGGAAACAACCACCACGGUAGUGGUGGAAGAGGCAGUUAUAACCGAGAAGGAGGUCCCCGCUGGAGAGGCAUCCGAAAUCGUGAGUGAAGCACCAAAGGAGACACCAGAACCUGAGACAACCGUCGCUCCGGAAGCAGAGGCAGUAGUCCGCAGUGUUGAGGAGAAGGAGAAGGAACCGGAAACCAAGGCUUAGAAAUGAAGCCUUAAUUUGGUCGCAAAAAAUGGUUUCAGGUAAAAUUAAAAAAAAAAAAAAAAAACUGGGGGAUUGGCUUCUAUUGGAAAAUUGAUGUUUUGAAAGCAAGGGAUAGAUGGAGUUGAUUGAAAUGUGUAACAUAAAUUUGUGUUUUAGUUUGAUUUUCAUUUUGUGAUUGCUAUUUGGAAAUUCUGGAUUUUAUUCUAUUGUUCCAAAGACACAGUGAGUGUUAAUUAAAUUCAUCUUCUUAA